AUGGGCUGCAACAACGGUAAGCAAAAUAAUGAGAAGGGAAAUAAUAAGAGACAAUCACCGCUCAAAAAAGUAUUACAUUUUCAAUCACGUCGAAAGUCCAAUGCACCACGCCCAGUAAGUUAUGCAGGAACCGAUCAACAUCAUGAACAACAUAAUCGUUCAGUUCGACCAUUAUCUAUGUUUGAUGCUUUACCAUUUUUUGAUUUAGAAAUAAGUGAGAUUAGUCAUUUGAUUAAUUUAUUAGAUAAAAUGUUUUGCAUUUUUUUAUCGAUUAAAGAAAGACCAAAUUAUGAUGUGGAUAAUCAAAAUCAGGCAACAUCUGAGAGAAAUACGUCGUCUCAUUUUACAACAAUACGAUCAUCGGAAACAAAUGAAUCAAUAACAACAGGUAAUACAAGAUAUUUAAUACGAUUCAAAGUAAAACUAUUAUAUUUUUUGAUCAUAUCAGGUAAUUCUUUCAACCAAGCAACUGUUAUUCUACGCUAUGAGCAAAGAUGUCAAACAGAUGACGAUUUAUUUAUCAUCAACAAAUCAAAUCAAUCUUUAUUAGACAGAAAUGACAAUGAUAAUAACUCAUUUGAUGAAAAUAAUUGGAAAUGUCACACACCAUUAACACUUGAAAAAAUUCGUACAAUGCCUAUUCUAAAAGAUAUAGUAUAUCAAUAUGUUAAUGAAGAACUUUUUCAUAUAUUAAAUCGUUUACUUCGAUUUGAAAAAGAUGAUGAAAAUGAAGAAUUUCUUGAAUGGUUUUUUGAUGAACUUGAAUAUUUAAUGCAUUCAUUAGAUGAUAAUAAACAAUAUGAACAUAAAUCUUUACUUUUAAGUUCAAUAGAACAAGAUCGUUAUGAUUGUAUGAAAUAUCUUUUAGAACAUCAAUUAUUAACAAGUAAACUUGAUAUAAAUAGAAUUAAUGAUCAAGGUCGUCAUUGUUUAUUAAUGCUUGCACAUAAAAAUGGUCCUAUUGAUCCAAUAAAAUAUUUAUUAACACAUCAUCUAUCAUGUCUUGAUACGAAUAAACUUGAUUUAAAUAAAUUUAGUUCAUUACAUCAUGCAUGUCGACAUUUUAAUUUACAGCUAUGUGAAUUAUUACUUCCACAUACAAGUAAAAAAUUAUUACAAAUGGAAAAUUCUGAAUUACAUACACCACUUGAUUAUUGGAUUGAAUGUUUAUGUUCAUUAAAAAAAUUAAAACCAACAAACAUUCAACAUCAUUCCGGCAUAUUACGUCUUGAUUAUUUACUUAAUGAUACUGAUUAUCGUUCGAAUAUUUUAUUUUUUCAAAAAAUUAUUAAUCAUGGUGGACAAUUAACAAAAAUUCCAAUACGUUAUAUGCGUUCGGUUUUACCAAUUUUAACAUUUGAACAAAAAUUAUCUUAUGUUGAUCAUCAUAUUAGUCUUUGUUGUACUUUAUAUAAAAAUCGUUUAUCAACAUUAAUACGUGAUUAUGAUAAUUUAAAAAUAAGUAUACAAGCAGGAGAAAUUUUAACAGAAUUUAUUUAUGCAUUAGGAACUGUACAACUUGAAGUACAAAAUCGUAUAGCAGCACAUUCUUAUACAAGUAUUUAUGAAACAGCUAUACAAAGUAUUUAUCGUGAAAAUAAUUCAGAAAAUUCUAAUAAUCAAUUAAAAUUUAAAGAACAUAAUGCUUUACAAUCAACUAUGCGUAUACUUUAUUUUAAAUUUUUUCGUUUAUUUCAAUGUAUUUAUAAUAAUCCAGAUGUUAGUGUAAAAAAAUUUCAUUUUGAACAUAUAUUUCGUCGUGUUUGGGUUUAUUGGAAAGAACCUGUAAAAGCAUUUAUUGUACAAUGUAAAGAAAAAAAUUCAUCGUUAAAAUCUAUUUGUCGAAUAUUAUUAUUUAAACAUUUAAUUCAUUAUCCAGCUGAUAUUCAACAUUUACCCAUUAAUUUAUCUUUAAAACAAUUCGUUGCAUUUGAUAAUCCGUUUUUUAUUAUAGAAAGAAAAUAUUAA